AUGACUGUCCUACCAGAGCAACUCGCCAGGCUCUUCAGUCUGCACGUGGGUCGGGAAAGACUUCAAAACAAAACCGCCUCGACCCCCGUAGAGAUUCUCAACAAUCACAAACUGGCAAAUGCUUCCACAACACAGAUAUUAAUCGACUAUUUCUUUUCAUGCACCGGCACCUUAUUCUACAUCUUUUCUCCCGACGAGGCAGCGGAACUUUUUCGAUCAGUGUAUCUGAGCCCCGAGGGUCCUACAAAAGCCUCACUAGGUGCCCUAUGUGCGCUGGCGUCUGUGGCUAGCCAAUAUGACGACGCCAAAAUCGAGCGGUCUUUGAGGCGGUCGUACUACGAAACAGCGAAAUUCUAUCUCGACGAGUGCAUUGAAGAGGACGAAGUGCUGGGCAUGCGCGUGCUGUGCUGCCUAGCCAUAUAUUGUGCGAUGGACAAACGCCUGACAGCGUGGACGUGGACCUUGACUGGCUUGAAAUUGGCGAGGCUCCGGGGACUCCACCUGGACGGACCCCCUCCUUCUACAUCGCCCGAAGAGUGGAUCGCGCAGAGAAAGGUUUUGAGAACUUUGACAUUCCUGGGCUGUUGGUUCGCCUCGACCCUUGGCAGAAGCCCUGCGAUUGUGGAGGCUUUUCAACCUGGGUUUGAGGAAUCGUUCACCGUGCGAGAAGAUCACCCGGUCUUUGAAUCGAUUGCACAAGAGCAAAUGACAUCCAUUUGCGUGCUCACGACUGGCGUACUUCGAAACGUCUUUUUACGAAAGGAUCUCAGUCUCAUCGCGACUCGAGAGUACAAACUAAAGAUCGUUGACUGGUUAAGCAAGCUACCUCCGCUCAUGCAACUGGAAUCAUUGAUCCAUAAUCAAUAUCUGACGCCGGUACAAAGACGGAGCAUUUUCCUCAUGCAUCUCAACUAUCUUGGGGCACUGCUUCUUCUUUAUCGCCGUCAUCCCCUUUACCUCGCGACCAUGCAGAAGGGUGAUACAUGGCAAUUAGACGGAGAUGUCGUCGAAGCAUUGGGCUAUGCCAAGGACGCUCUGGACGUGGCCACUCAGUCCUCGCGAAUCUUUGCUCUUUUCCUCUCCGAGAACUCGCUUUUCAAGCGCUGCUGGUUGGCAAUAUACCAGUCUUUUAGCGCAUGCACCAUGUUGCUGUUCCACGUCGCCCAAAAGCGGCUCCAUGGGGCCUCUCCGGCUGAAUACGAAGAAGAGCUUUCUAGCGCACAAACCUGCCUCGACACUCUGGACUAUUGCGCAGAAGGCGACGUCGUUGCCAGAGGCUAUCAUGACAUGCUAAUCUUUUACUACAAUGCUUUGAAGUCUCCUCUCGAGGAUCCCACCACUGGAACAGGUCCCGAUUCAGCAAUGCAAGACAGCUUGGAACAACCGUCAAUGGAUGGCCCUGCCCGUUUUCGGAUGGAGCCGACUCUAGACCAGGUUGCAGAGGGUGUGUCCAAUAUAUACAACCGCCCUUUUGAGCAGGGCUGGCGCGAGGAUACGGUGUCUGCUUCUCAGAUCUCGCAUUUUGUGCGUCGGGAGAUUUCGGAAUUCGCCACAGGCCCUGAAUCUAGGAUUCCCCGCGAGAUGGCUAUCUAUCCGGAUGCGCCAGUCUUCAGCAGCCCGUUUCAAUGGUCGGCCAAUUCAAUCCCUCGAGCAUAA